ACCGCCGCGCGCCAUGGCCGACGCGUAAUCGCCAACGCGCUGCCCCCCUGGGCGCCUUAGCACCGACAGUCGGGCGCGCCAGCGCUCACUCGCGGGUGCUCGAGCGGAGACCCCUCCCUGCCUCGCCGAAGAGAGCGAGGCGCCACUGGGGGCGGUAUGGAUGCCUUUUCCUCCUCUGAGUUACAGCCAGGGGAUGACCACGCGUGCCCCUGACUCCUGAGUGGACGUCCGCGGCCGGGAAAAAACGCAUGCCGAACGCCUGGCCCCUCGGCGCCGGCGAGGCGACGGCGCGGCGCCAGCGAGGCGACGGCGGGGCCACCGGUCGCGUCCGCGGCUGGCGGUCGCGACGGCGACGUCCGAGGGUCUGCACCAACAUGGCGGGUUGUGACACCUCCGCCCGCCACACGUCGAGCAACACGGGUGCUGGGCGAGCUGGCCUCAGGCCGUGCGCCUCCGAGCUCCGGCAGGCGCUGUUCGGAGGCGGCGGGGGAGGAGGAAAGGGAGGGGAACUCAAGACGUGCGGCCUCUCCAAAAAAUGCACACGUCCGAGCGAUGCCAGGUGCCUGGGAGGCACCCACGUCAGCGCUGCGACACGCAUGGCAGCAUGCUGGCGCCACCGGCGUCUGCCCUCUCGCCGCCCAACGCUGGCAGCGGCCAGCGCGCGCUCGGCCCCUCGCCCAGAGAGCGCGGCCAACCGCAGAGAUCCGCAGGCACCCGCGGCGCGAGGUGGCUCGCGGCCGGAUGGAAGUUGCAACCGCUAAACAAAUGACGACGUUCAGCGACGACUCAUCGUGAGCGCGCGUCGGAAACAUAGACUUCUC